AGACUCUAAACAUGAAAUCUACAUCUAAUAUAUUUCUUCAAAUUUUUAUGUUCUUUAAUCUUCUCGGAAUUAUUAUAUCUGCAGAAAAUGGAUGGGCAGAAAUUGACCACAAACUAUAUGACGACUCAGAAGUAGACACUGGUGUUGCAAUUGAUGCCAUUUAUGAGCCCGUCGACAAACCGGCACCGAAAUUUCGGCACCGCCGACACCAGUAUUCCCCAUUGAAAAUUAAUUAUAACUUUACAUGAAAGA